AUGCCAACAUUAGAUAAUAUGUUGACAGUAUGUUAUGGAUGUCGUACAUUGAUCGAUGAUCGUUAUUAUUUAAUGGCUGUUGAUCGUAGUUGGCAUUUAUCUUGUUUAAAAUGUUUUGAUUGUGGUAUGUCACUUGAACAAGAACGAACAUGUUUUGCACGAUAUGGACAAAUUUUUUGUAAAGAUGAUUAUAUUAAAAGAUAUUGUUCUCGUGUUUGUACACGAUGUCAUACAAUUAUUCGACAAGAUGAAGUUAUUCUACGUGCAAAACAAUUUAUAUUUCAUUUGGAUUGUUUUACAUGUAUUACUUGUAAUAUUCUUCUUCAUCCAGGUGAUGAAUUUGGUUUAAAAGAUGAUUUAAUUUUUUGUCGUCAUCAUUUUUUUGAACAACAACAAUCAUAUGAAUCACAUUUAACAGGACAUGUACUUGAUAUUGGAAUUGAAAAUGGUUCACUUUCACAUACAAAUUCUGUUCCAACCGGUUUUAUUGAUGAUUCGGGUUAUUAUACAUCACCAAUCCCGACACUUAUUCCAUCAACACCACCAACAAAUACAAGUACACCAACAGGAACAACAUCUAAUAUAACUAAACGUACACGAAAACGUAAAGAACGUCAACAACAUCAUGAUAUAAUACCAUCAUCAGAUCAUUUUUUAUCUCUUUCACCAUCUUCAUCUAAUAUGGUUGGGAAUGAAGGAUCAUUGUUCACAGCGUCAUUAGAUUCAUCAUAUUAUGUUGAUGUUGUUGAUAUGGAUGGAAAUGGUACAAAUAAUAAUAGUUUACAUUCUCAUCAAACAAAUAAUAAUAAUUUAUCAAGUGGAUCUCAUCAUCAUCAUCAUACAAGACAAAAACGUGUACGAACAAGUUUUAAACAUCAUCAAUUACGUUGUAUGAGAUCAUAUUUUAAUUUAAAUCAUAAUCCAGAUGCAAAAGAUUUAAAAAACCUUGCUGAAAAAACAAAUUUACCAAAACGUGUUUUACAAGUAUGGUUUCAAAAUGCACGUGCAAAAUACCGUCGAAGUGUAUCUCGAAGUGAUACAUUAUCAUCAGCAUCUCAACAUUCAUCAAUGACACAACAACAGCAACAACAACAACAACAACAACAACAAAAUCAAGUAAAUCAAACAUCUUUAACAAUGACAAAUAUGAUUGAUGUACAUCCAACAAGAGAAGAUACAACAAAUUCAUCAAAUUUAUCUUCACCAACUGAAUCAAUUCGUUCAAAAACAUCAUCGGUGAAUUUCAGCGAAUCGGAAACAUAUGGUUCCAUGUAG